GUGUAAAUGAGGACGCUGCUGGCCCAUGUCCCGCAGGGAUGUAGAGGGCAGCCUCAGAGGCACUGGGCGCUCCCGGCACCAUGGAUGACGCUGCCGUCCUCAAGCGACGAGGCUACAUCAUGGGGAUAAAUUUGGGAGAGGGCUCAUACGCGAAAGUCAAAUCCGCUUACUCUGAGCGCCUAAAGUUCAACGUGGCGGUCAAGAUCAUCGACCGUAAGAAAGCCCCCACAGACUUCCUGGAGAAAUUCCUUCCCAGGGAAAUUGAGAUUCUGGCCAUGCUAAACCACCGCUCCAUCGUCAAGACCUACGAGAUCUUUGAGACAUCAGACGGCAAGGUCUACAUUGUUAUGGAGCUCGGGGUCCAGGGCGAUCUCCUUGAAUUCAUAAAAACCCGAGGAGCCCUGCAAGAGGAUGAUGCUCGUAAGAAGUUCCACCAGCUCUCCUCGGCCAUCAAGUACUGCCAUGACCUGGAUGUCGUCCACAGAGACCUCAAGUGUGAGAACCUUCUCCUUGACAAGGACUUCAACAUCAAGCUGUCUGACUUCGGCUUCUCCAAGCGCUGCCUGCGGGACGAAAGUGGCCGACUGGUAUUAAGCAAGACCUUCUGUGGGUCAGCAGCGUAUGCGGCCCCUGAGGUGCUGCAGGGCAUCCCCUACCAGCCUAAAGUUUAUGACAUCUGGAGCUUAGGCGUGAUCCUCUACAUCAUGGUCUGUGGUUCCAUGCCCUAUGAUGACUCCAAUAUCAAGAAAAUGCUGCGCAUCCAGAAGGAGCACCGUGUCAACUUCCCACGCUCCAAGCACCUGACAGGAGAGUGUAAGGACCUCAUCUACCGCAUGCUACAGCCGGAUGUCAACCGGCGGCUGCACAUAGAUGAGAUCCUCAGCCACUGCUGGGUACAGCCCAAGGCACGGGGUCUGUCCUCUGCAGCCAUUAACAAGGAGGGGGAGAGCUCCCGGAGCAUUGACCCCCAAUGGACCCCUGAACCUGGCUCUGACAAGAAGUCUGCCACCAAACUGGAGCCUCGGGAAGAGGCACGACCUGAGACACGGUCUGAGACAAAACCUGAGGAGGAUACAGUGCAAGUGGCCAGGCAGUCAGAGACCCUGGGCUUCAGCAGUGAGCAGAUGAUCAGGGAGUCAGAGGAAGGGCCCCCUCAACAGCCUCCAGAGACACACACCUAGUGAGCCUCUUGCAGCCCAGGGGGCUGGCAGGGAAUGAGGCACAGCUCAUGGCUUGAAGCCUGAGCCUAGAAGGAGUCAAGGGAUGAGCAGAGAAGGAAUACA